AUGAUAUUUCUUACCCCAGCGCUUGUUUUACUAUCGUUGGUUCUGUCAAGUGUCAGCGCUCAAAGAUCGUCAGUAAAGCAAAAUGAACACCCAUAUGCUCCCUACUCCGUGCAGUGCCCAACGAAGUCUUCAUUGACAAGACCGGCCAACUGCCUCAACCACCACGAGAGUGCCUACGUUUUAGCGAGGAGGAAGAAGGCCUCGCAUUUCCUGGACCAAUGGCUCCACAAGACCGUACCCGAAUGGCCCCUAGAGGACUGCAACACCCCAACUUUGGCCCUCGCUCUCAGUGGCGGCGGGACGAAGGCUGGCUUGACGAAUGCUGGUGUGAUCCAAAACCUCGACGGUCGCGAGAGCGGAAAGUCAUCCGUCAAGGACCUUUUACAAAGCGUGACUUAUGUGUCUGCUCUUUCCGGCGGAGCUUUGACGUUAUCUGGCAUCAUGGCCAAUGACUUUGCCAAAGUAUCCGUGUUGAAGAAAGAGCUUUACAAUCGCAGUUUCCAGAAUCCGUUUGGAAUUGCGUUGAACAAUUCCAAAGUCUUGCUCGCUGACGUUGCGAGCAAGACGGCGGCGGGAUAUCCUGCCACGCUCCUGGACGUGUACGGCAGGACGAACGGGUACAACUUCAUUGGCGCAGCUCCAGCCGGCGCUGAUGGUCUGACGUGGUCGAAUAUCACCACGCAGCCAAGUUUCAAGGACCAUGAGGCUCCAUUUCCCAUCAUAACCAUCUCCCAAGCCAAUGUCGAAGCAAAUCAAUGCGAGCCGACCGAGAUGGGGGCGAUAUGGGAAGUUUCACCUUUCGAGUUUGGAAGUUGGGACGAAAAGGUCGAUGCGUUCUUUCCCACCAGGUAUAUGGGCUCGACGAAUGGCCGGGGAUCGAAGACUUGCACUGCUGGCUUCGACAAUAUCGGGUUUAUCACGGGCGCGUCGUCGAACAUCCUGACAGGCCCCGGAAAGUGCUUCCCCCGAAACUUCACCAAAUCCGACCUCAGCGCACUAGCAACAGUCAUCGACGUGACCUUCCCCAGCAACGUCCUCCUCAACCCCUACGCCAUCAUCCCAAACCCCUUCCACCUCGACCCCAAAGCCGGCGUCAUCCGCAAACAGAAAUCUCUCUACGGCACCGACGGCGGCGACACAGGCCAAAGCAUCCUCCUCUUCCCCUUCCUGCAGCCAGAACGGCGCGUCGAUGUCAUCCUCGCCAUCGACGCGCAGACGUACGCUCCCGGCAAUGUCACGAAUGGCUCGGCGAUCUAUAACACGUUCCUCUCCGCGCAAGCGAACGGGCUGGCGAAGAUGCCUCUGAUCCCCUCGCCGGCGGAGUAUAAAGCGCAGAAUCUCUCUUCGCGCGCGCAGUUCUUUGGUUGUUAUGAGGAGGGGAAGACGACGAUUGUGUACUUGCCGAAUGAUCUGUCUAGUCGGAUUUCGAAUCAGCAGUACUUUUUCUCACCCGAGGAGAUUGAGUAUUUGUUUGUGGGAGGGCGGGAUUUGAUUACGCAGGAGGGGGAUGAGGAGUGGCCGGGGUGUUUGGCUUGUGGAAUUAUGCAUAAAGAGUCUAGUGCUCUGCCUGGGUCCUGCGGGAGGUGCUUGGAGAAGUACUGUUGGAAGCCGAGUUGA